AUGGCACCUACGGUUCAAGGCCCGUUGUUUUCGUUCAUAAGCGAUCAGUCGCUGGCCCUCCUGCUGCCUGUGAUCGUUUACUGGGCCUACUCGCUCUUCUUCCACUGGAUCUCCCUCCAAGAGUACCCCUGGUUCGAAAAGUACAGGCUCCACGACAAGGAAGAGGAGACCCGCAACAGAGUCUCUCUCCAUGAGGUCAUCAAGGCCGUCAUCAUCCAGCAGCUUCUCCAGACUGCCCUUGGAUUCAUUGUGGUCGUUGCAGAUGACUCGGAUAUGAUUUUUGACGACGAGGCUUCCUUGGCCAAAUACCAGAUGUGGAUUUCUUCGCUCAUUACCCUUGCAGGACUCCAGACUGUCUUCACCCAGGCCACCAUCCAAACCAUGGCCCACAUCGCCUACUUUUACCUUGAGACCGCCGCCCGCUUCUUCCUCGCCAUGAGCGUCCUCGACACAUGGCAGUACUUCCUCCACCGCCUCUUCCACAACGUGCCAUAUCUCUACAAGCACUUUCACUCGCGCCACCACCGCCUCUACGUCACCUACUCCUUUGGCGCCCUCUACAACCACCCCUUCGAGGGCUUCUUGAUGGAUAGUGUCGGAGCCUCGCUGGCAUUCCUUCUCAGCGGCAUGGGUAACCGUGGUGCCUUGGCCUUCUUCUCCUUCUCGACCUUGAAGACUGUCGACGACCACUGCGGAUACAACUUGCCCUUCAACCCUCUCCAGACUCUCUUCUGGAACAACGCUGACUACCAUGACAUUCAUCACCAGAACUUUGGCAUCAAGAGCAACUUCUCUCAGCCCUUUGGUACCAUCUGGGAUCACGUCCUGGGCACACACAUGUCGCGUGAGGAGGCCAACAAGAUCAUCAAGAUGAAGGAGGAGCGCAAGGCCGCCCGUCUCUCUGCCCUCAACAAUCCCAAGACCUCGCCCUUGACCCUGACCAACAACGAGGCCGUCGCCAUCGGAGCCAAGCCUAUCCAUAACAAAGACGAAGAUGUCCACAGCAGCGGUAACAACAGCGGAAACGAUAGUCAUGAGGAGAACGAUGAGAAGUUGCGUGGACCCGCAGCAUCUGUGCUUCGUCGCACAUCUUCCUCUGUCGGCUUUGAUGGCAACUCGACCAGUGUUGCUUCAGCAACAACAAUGCAAAAGCAGGCAACGUCGACGACGACUGCGGUUGAGCUUCCUGGAUACCGUGAGCUCCUUGCGACCCGUGUUCGCGUCGACAAUGGCAAUGUCUCUGGCAAGGGACAGGGCAAGGCUCUUUAA